AUGGGCGUCAUAAUGUCAACAAUACUGUAUUUGAUCGUGCGAAAGUUAAAUAAUUUAUCAACAUCAACAAUUAUAUUAUCAUGGAUUGUAGGAUCUGGAGUGACAUUAGUUUAUUUAAUUUGGACUGAUGAAAUAUUAAUUAUAGCUGCUGCUUAUGCAGUAUUUAUUGCUAUUGCAUUAUUUAUAGGUUGUCAAAUUAAAUAUUAUGAUCAAGAGAAACAAUCUAUAAGUCCAUCAGUUUCACAAAAAUCAAAAUAUUUUCAGUUUAUAAUAAAUUAUAUGUUAUUAUUAUUUUUAUCUUCUAUAUGUGGAAUUCUUUUAUAUUAUGUACUUCAACUAACAAAAUCACAUCUUUAUAUGUCAGUACUGAUUGGAGGAGUUAUUCUAGGAAUUAUUGAUUCAAUUGGAUACUUGCCUCAAAUUAUACUAAUUAUUCAAAUGAGAUCUGCUGUUGGUUUUAGUUCUCUAACGGCUGUAACGGAAGUAAUCGGUUUUACAGCUGCAAGUAUAUCAAUAUGUUUAGAACACCAUAUUGAUAUAAUUCCUAUGGCGUCAUUUAUUCCUGUACUUAUAUUCAAUAUUAUUUUACUAGCGCUAACAUUAUGUAUUUUUCCAGAUACUAAUAAAAAUGGAAAUAGAAUACAGUCAGAUUAUGAAUUAAGUCAAAAUUCAAAAGAGUCGAUGACAUUAUUGAAAGAUGAAAUGAAAAGUUUAAAAUCAAAUAUCGAUGAACAAGCAACCACAAAUAUUAAUCUUGUUGACGAUAAGUGA